UUACAACUUCUGAAGCCAAGAACUAUAUAUAUACAAGAACAGUACAAUUAUUCCCUCCAAAAUAAAAGCAGCGAGGGCGCUAGUAUUGAGGAACAACCAGUAACCCUUGUCACGUCAGUUGCGAGUGUCGAUAGACAUGGAGAUUGAACACGAAGAAUCACCGGUACCACUACCAGAAGAAGAAGAAGCGAAGGAGCCACCGAGAAUCCAGCGGCUGAGCGAGUCAGUGGUGAACCGAAUAGCGGCGGGGGAGGUUAUCCAGCGUCCUGUUUCUGCAGUGAAGGAGCUGGUCGAGAACAGCCUCGACGCCCACUCCACCUCCAUCAACCUCCUCGUGAAGGACGGCGGCCUCAAGCUCAUCCAAGUCUCCGACGACGGCCACGGAAUCAGAUUGGAGGACCUGCCAAUAUUGUGCGAGAGGCACACGACCUCCAAGUUAUCUGCGUUCGAGGACUUGCAGUCCAUAAAGUCCAUGGGCUUCCGCGGAGAGGCCCUCGCUAGCAUGACCUACGUCGCCCAUGUCACCGUCACCACCAUCACCAAAGGCCAGCUGCAUGGUUACAGGGUCUCCUAUAGAGAUGGUCUCAUGGAGAAUGAACCCAGGCCUUGUGCCGCCGUUAAAGGAACACAGAUUAUGGUGGAGAAUCUUUUCUACAACAUGGCUGCAAGGAGGAAGACAUUACAAAACGCUUCUGAUGAUUAUUCUAAGAUUGUCGACUUAAUAAGUCGGUUUGCUAUUCAGCACAUUAAUGUCAGUUUUUCUUGCAGAAAGCAUGGAGCUACUAGAGCAGAUGUCCACACAGUUGCCACAUCUUCUAGACUUGAUGCCAUCAGAUCCGUUUAUGGCAUCUCUGUUGCACGCAAUCUGAUGAAAAUUGAAGCUUCAGACAACAAUCCAGCUACUUCAAUUUUUGAAAUGCAGGGUUACAUGUCCAAUGCAAAUUAUGCUUCCAAGAAAAUCACUAUGGUGCUUUUUAUCAAUGAUAGAUUGGUUGAAUGCUCAGCAUUGAAGAGAGCUAUUGAAAUUGUUUAUGCAGCAACAUUGCCAAAAGCAUCUAAACCUUUUAUAUAUAUUUCAAUUGUUUUACCACCUGAAAAUGUUGAUGUCAAUGUGCAUCCGACAAAGAGAGAGGUGAGCCUUUUAAACCAGGAAGUUAUCAUUGAGAAGAUACAGUCAGUGAUUGAAUCAAGAUUGAGGAGUUCCAAUGAGACAAGGACAUACCAAGAACAGACAGCUGAUCAAUGUUCUCUGUCUCAUAUUACUAGCAAGGAGGCUAAGCUCAUCCCUUUGCCAAUGGGUUCAAGAUCACAGAAGGUUCCAGUGCAUAAGUUGGUUAGAACAGAUUCAUUAGAUCCUGCAGGAAGAUUACAUGCCUACAUCCAAACCAAGCUUGAUGGACAUCUUGAAAAGAGAGCUACUUUGAAUGCAGUAAGGAACUCAAUUCGACAAAGAAGGAACCCAAAAGAUUCUACAGAUCUAACUAGCGUCCAACAGCUUCUUGAUGAUAUCAAUAGCAACUGUCACCCAAGCAUGAUGGACAUUGUAAGGCACUGUACAUAUGUUGGAAUGGCAGAUGAUGUUUUCGCUUUGCUGCAGCAUAAUACUCAUCUUUAUCUUGCUAAUGUCGUAAACUUGAGCAAAGAGCUUAUGUAUCAGCAAGUUCUUAGCCGUUUUGGCCAAUUCAAUGCUAUACAACUAAGUGAUCCAGCCCCCUUGAAAGAGUUUCCCUAUUGAAUCCUUGUUGUUGAUAUAAAUAUGGGUAUUUCUUUCCCUUUGCUUCAGAUGAACACAGAACUGCUGAAACAAAAGGCUGAAAUGCUGGACGAGUAUUUUGGAAUUCAUAUUGACAAACAUGGAAACAUUUCUAGACUUCCUGUGAUACUUGACCAGUAUACACCUGACAUGGAUCACAUCCCUGAGUUUGCUCUUUGCUUAGGCAAUGAUGUUAAUUGGGAAGAUGAAAGGAAUUGCAUUCAGGCAGUUGCGGCUGCUCUGGGAAAUUUCUAUGCAAUGCAUCCACCAAUGUUACCCAAUCCAUCUGGCAAGGGUUUGCUUUUUUAUAAGAAGAGGAAAAUGCUCGAUAGUUGUGCGGAGGGGAAUACCUGUGAUGUUGGGAGUGACGUGAUCAAUGAUAAAGUUGAGCAAGAACUGCUUUCUGAAGCUGAGACUGCAUGGACACAGCGUGAAUGGUCAAUACAACAUGUACUUUUUCCUUCCAUGAGACUCUUUCUAAAACCACCUGUCUCUAUGGCUACAGAUGGAACCUUUGUUCGGGUAGCUUCAUUGGAGAAACUGUACAAGAUUUUUGAAAGAUGCUAGGCAACCAUAUGGAUUGUUGUUCUCUGCGAUAUCCUCUUUAAUAUUGUGCUCUUGUGAAUAUGUAACUAUAGUAUUCAGGGAGCUCGUCCCAAAGAUUUCCUUGGUCUGGUGAUUCUGAAUCAUGUUUCUUGUAAAGUACUUUCGAAUGUAAAAGACAUUUUGAGAACAAUUGAAUUGGAUGUGUUCUUGUGUA